GACGGCGAUUGGAGGGAGUGGCCCCGCCCACAUACAUCAGUGCACCUCUGUUGGUCUCCCGGCUCCAGCACUAGUGUCCCAUGGUCAGUGUUCAUUUGUACAGUAAACCUCAACAGAGCUUAUCACAAUCUGGCACGAAACAACUUUGGUUGUUAUAAGGGGCAGGGUCUCCAUGUUGCCCAUAUUAGCCCCGAGUUCCUGGGCUCACACUAUCAUCCUGCCUCACUCGCGAUGUUAGUUUACCUCAAUCGGAAUCUCCAAGAGAGCGAUCUGAGUUUGCGAUCGGAUACUGAGGGUGAUCGCUUUGGUACCCUCUGGGUAUCUUGGCUUCGCCCGGGCUCUGCCUUUGUGACCUCUGGAGGCAAGGACCUUUUCUGACCCACCCCCGCGGGCCUCCGCAGGAGCACCGCAUUAACUGGACCAACAGAGAGCGAAGCGACCAGCAUCCGCCCCAUUCAAAGAUGGCUACAAGUACCGCUUCCUGCUCGGCGGGGGAACGUCCCCGGAAAUCCCCGAUGGACCACCGAACCGUCACCUUCACGAACGGAAAUACCCGAGCCUAGCCGAAGAAGCCCGAACUCCAAACCCCAUCGCGGCGCAGCAAAGGACAGGGGCUGCGCAGGCGCACAGCGCAGUCCCGGAAGGAAGAGCCGAAGCGGGCAGGCGGCGGAAAUAUCCGAAGCGGCGGGGCGCCUGAGGCCGUUGCCGACCUCCGCGAAGAAGCCAAGACUUCGCCACUAUACGGCCGCCGCGACCGUGGCUGCCGCCUCCUCCUUCCAUCCCGAACAGCAGCCCCCUCGCGGAGGAAACAAAUGAGCAGAGCUCGGUAAGCCCAGCAAGCCCAGCGUCCGCAGCCGCAACAGGGCCUCAGAAGACCUGAAGGAAGAGAGGGAAGAGCGGGGCACAGGAGGUGGGAACGGGGCCGAGUGAGCCCGAAAAUAUCCGAGUUCACCCGAGCGCCGCCGAGCAGGCCCGAGCUACUGGGCCAGGCCAGAGCCGGACUACGGGAGCCGAGGCGGGCCGUGGGUGGGCGCGGAGCAGCUCGGCAGGCCGGGCGGGCGACGGCGACGGCAGCAGCAGCGGAGGAGGCCGCGGCUGCGGGUCCGAGGAGCGGCAGCGGUACAGGAGGCGGCGGGGGGCCGGGUGGCCGGGGUCCCGGGCCCCGCGGCGGCGGCGGCAGCGGCGGCGGCGGCAGGAUGAUCAAGCUGUUCUCGCUGAAGCAGCAGAAGAAGGAGGAGGAGUCGGCCGGCGGCACCAAGGGCAGCAGCAAGAAGGCGUCGGCGGCGCAGCUACGGAUCCAGAAGGACAUAAACGAGCUGAACUUGCCCAAGACGUGUGACAUCAGCUUCUCAGACCCAGACGACCUCCUGAACUUCAAGCUGGUUAUCUGUCCUGAUGAGGGCUUCUAUAAGAGUGGGAAGUUUGUGUUCAGUUUUAAGGUGGGCCAGGGUUACCCACACGACCCACCCAAGGUGAAGUGUGAGACAAUGGUUUAUCAUCCCAACAUUGACCUCGAAGGCAACGUCUGCCUCAACAUCCUCAGAGAGGACUGGAAGCCAGUCCUUACGAUAAACUCCAUAAUUUAUGGCCUGCAGUAUCUCUUCUUGGAGCCCAAUCCUGAGGACCCACUGAACAAGGAGGCCGCUGAGGUCCUGCAGAACAACCGGCGGCUGUUCGAACAGAAUGUGCAGCGCUCCAUGCGAGGUGGCUACAUCGGGUCCACCUACUUCGAGCGCUGCCUGAAAUAGGGUUGGCGCAUACCCGCCCCGCCAGGGUCACCAGCCCAGGCAUCCCCUGCAAAUAUUUAUUGGGGGCAACGUAUGGGGUGUGUGGGGCAGCCAGCUGGGAAUCUCCUGCUUUGGCCUUGCCUCUCCUCCCUGCCACCUGCUCCUAGUUAUUUUUUUUUUAACCACCACGUGAUUAUGGUCGGCGCUGCCUCCCCCCGACCUGCUCAGCGAUGGGAAAUGAAUUGGCUUAUCUAGCCCCCGCGCUGGGUAUUGUCCCGCCCCCACUCUGGGCUAUGGGGUGGGUGGGCCAGGGAUCUGGGUAGCUGGGCCCAAGUAACCCACCCCUCCACCACCGGAGGUUCCACCAGGCUAUUAAAGGGGAAUGUUACUGCA